GACAGACACACACAAAGAGAGAGAGAGAGAGAGAGAGAGAGAGAGAGAGAGAUCUCAGCAUCGUUAAUGUAAAGACGUGCCAGUUGUCUCGUGUGCCUCAGUCUUCCUCCAACUCAAAUGUCCCCCCACCCACAUGUCCACUCACUUUUCGGGUAAUCACUGCGCCCCUCCUAUGCAGCCCUGACGACGUAACCGUGGGUGUAGAGAAGUAGUGGAACUUCAUCUUCUGAUCUUCUUGUAAGGAUCGCAGUCGCUCACUGGCCAGAGGAAAAGAGGCGCUGGGAGGAAAGCAGUCCUUCACCUCGAGGAGCAGAAAGAAGAGGACACACUCGUGUGCACAGCUUCAUAUGGACUCUGGACAUACCGUGUGCUUCAUACUGGAAAUUUAAGGACCUCUAACAGAUUUCGGACUUAUAAACGCAUUUAUUAAAAGGGCUGUUUUCUCCCCAUCCUCCAGAGUGAAGAUGCUUCUGAAUAUAAAACAUAUACUGUGGUUAUUCUGCCUAUACAGCACAUCGCUGGCUUCAGGCUCACUAACAGUGAUGCAGCCAGUGAGGGGGUCUCUUUCGGGAAAGGUGGUCUUGCCAUGCCACUUUUCCACCCUCCCUACAGCAUCUCCCAGCAAUGCUACGACCCCUGGAACAGACUAUCUGCGCAUUAAAUGGACCAGGGUAGAGGGUGAUGUGGAGUCCAUAGUAAUCGUUGCUCAAAAUGGUGUCAUUAAAAUUGGGCCAGGCUACAAAAGCCGUGUAUCUGUGCCGAGUCACCCAGAGGAUAUCGGGGAUGCUUCAUUGACUGUUGUGAAACUGCGAGCUAGCGAUGCCGGAACUUACCGCUGUGAGGUCAUGUAUGGCAUUGAAGACACUCAAGACAUGGUCAGCUUGGAUGUCAGUGGUGUUGUCUUUCAUUAUCGGCCCAAGACCAGUAGAUACACCUUGACCUACAACAACGCUGUGGAGACCUGUCGAAGUGUUGGGGCUACAAUUGCCACAGCAGAACAGCUAAAAGCGGCUUAUGAGGAUGGUUUUGAUCAGUGUGAUGCUGGUUGGUUAGCAGAUCAGACAGUGAGAUACCCGAUCACUAACCCAAGGCCUGGCUGCUCUGGGAACCUGCCUGGAAAACCUGGUGUCCGGUCAUAUGGCCUUCGAAUGCCCACUGAGACUUAUGAUGUGUUCUGCUAUGCAGAUAAACUUGAGGGUGAUGUAUUCUUUGCACCUACCACAAAUAAGAUGACAUUCGAGGAAGCAAAGACUGAGUGUGAGCAAAGAAAUGCUGCCUUGGCCUCACCUGGUCAGCUCCACUCAGCCUGGAGAAAAGGUUUAGAUCGCUGUGACUACGGAUGGCUGUCCGAUGGAAGUGCCCGCUACCCUGUUGCCAUACCCAGAACACGAUGUGGUGGAGGUCUGCUUGGAGUUCGCACCAUGUACCAGUUCCGCAACCAGACAGGCUUUCCUGACCCCACCACGAAACUGGGAGCUUACUGCUACAUAGAUGUCCAUUCAUGCUCUGAUGAUGGAUGUAUGAAUGGUGGCUCAUGUUUGAAAAGGGGUAAUGUCCAGAUUUGCAGCUGCCUACCCGGAUACACUGGUGACCGUUGUGAAAUAGAUAUUGAUGAGUGCCACCCCAACCCAUGUCGAAAUGGGGGUACCUGUGUAGAUGGGAUCAACUCUUUUAAUUGUCAUUGUCUACCAAGCUACAGAGGAUCUCUCUGUGAAGAAGACACAGAAACAUGCAGUUAUGGAUGGCAUAAGUUUCAAGGCCAUUGCUACAGGUAUUUCCCUCACAGACGCACCUGGGAUGUAGCAGAGCGUGAAUGUCGUCUUCUGGAUGGUCAUCUUACUAGUAUUCUGUCCCAUGAAGAACAGCAGUUUAUCAACCGCCUUGGCCAUGACUACCAGUGGAUCGGACUGAAUGAUAAGAUGUUUGAAAGUGAUUUCCGGUGGACAGAUGGCCGUAUUUUGCAAUAUGAGAACUGGAGACCCAAUCAGCCAGAUAGUUUCUUCUCUUCUGGAGAGGACUGUGUAGUAAUGAUCUGGCAUGAGGAUGGCCAGUGGAACGAUGUCCCAUGUAACUACCACCUCACCUUUACCUGCAAGAAAGGCACAGUGUCGUGCAGUCAGCCACCUGUGGUGCCAAACGCUCGUACCUUCGGGCAGAUGCGGCCUCGCUAUGAAAUCAACUCGCUAGUGAGAUACCAGUGUAUGGACGGCUUCAUCCAGAGGCACCCUCCCACCAUUCGCUGCAAAGGAGAUGGCUCCUGGGACCUGCCUAAAAUUUCUUGCAUGAAUCCCUCCAACUUCCAGAGAAGAUACAGCCGGCGGUAUCAACACAUCAGAAUUUAUGGCAGUCAUCGGAAAAGGUCUGCAGAGGAGCCUGCCAGUUCCCCCCAGAAACACCAUCACCAUGCCUUCAAGGACAACAGAACCAAAUAAUAGGCUACUAUGAUAUAGUCUCAAUGACUGUGAUUUCUUUUUUUAACAACACUCACAGGACAUCUGACUUAAACCUAGAUACAUGUGUGGAAAUAGGAAAUGGACAAAACACGGAAAAAGAUAAGCAUCUUGAGUUCUAGAUUUUUGAAUCAACACAGUGCCUUUUCAGUAUUUUAGGACUAAUGGAAGAUUUUCUCAAGUAUUUUCAGUUGGCCACUAAAAAAAGGACUGUUGCUGUUUCUGCUGGAUGACUGACUGAUCCUUGCUAGUCAAUGUAUAUGUUAGUGAAUCUGUGUUUGUCUUUUUCUUCAGAUCACAAAAUGCCUUCUUUGCGCAGUAUAUACUAAUGUAACUUUGCAACACUACAAACUCCAGGAGAUGGUAGAAAGUCAGCAUGUAAAGGACUGUGAGCCAGAAAAUAUUCCAGCACAUAUUUUUUUUACUGGAUGUUUUCAUAUGGGUGCUGUAUGUCAAAGUUAUUUCAACCUGGGAUUCCACAAAUUCUGAAAGAAUUUUCUUCUGAAAGAAGAACAAGAGCUAAAAAAAUCACAACAUAUGGGAGUUGAGACACAUCCAAAAGACUAAACAAGGAAUACAAUCAAAGACAAUCCAAUAAGUGCUCAGUAUUCUGUACAUAAUAGUACACAGACUACAGGAAAAGGUGGAGUGAGCUUUGAUAACUGAUCCAAAAGGAAUUUGCUAUAAUAACCUCACACAAAGAACAAUUAAGUGCCUAGAUCAAAUAGCAAGAAAAAAAAUCAGGCUCAAAUCAUAUUAGGUAAGCUAUUUUGUCUUUCUGGAUCUACAGCAGAUACAUCUCAUUUAACCCCUAAAUUCUCCAGUUCCUCAAUUUUCAUCCAUAACUUCAGCUUUCAUGUUGUCUUUGGUGAAAUGUCAAACUACUUUUAAGAGAAUGUACUUUGUGAAUUGCUCAACAAGACUUGAACCACAUGCUUUUUAACAGCAUGCAGGUCAUUUAUUUUCCAAGCUGCUCCUAAUCUUCUUGUGGUUGUAUCUAAUAUACAACACACUGGAGAUGUAAUAUGACCUGCAUGCACAAAUGCAUUAUUUUAGAGCCCAGCAAAGCCAUGUGGUGACACUUGUGAUUGUUAAGGAUAUUUUCUAUUUAAACACAGAGAUUAGAAAGUAAUAUGACAUUUGGGGUGUUUCAAUAGGCCAAAAAAGACCAGAAUCUACCAGUCAAACUUUUCUACAUGGAAUGUCUCAACAUAUCUCAACAAUAAUUGUUAUCCAUUUGUUCAUCCCAAGCAUUGUUUUUUUUUUUUUAAUGCAUUUUUGUUGUUUGUCAGUUGUUUUUUUAUCCAAAAGUGCACAUAUCUUUUUUUUUUAAUUUUUUAUUUUUUUUAUUUUAUAUAUAUAUAUAUAUAUAUAAAGUAUAACAUGUUUAUUGUACAAUGUGAAUGUCGGGGUUGUGUGUGGGAAAAAAAAAAAAAAAAAAAAAAGAUUGGCUAGGAAAGUUACUUUUUUGUACUUGCAUUGUGUCACCAAAGAGACAAAAUUUAUUCCAUCCAAGUGUGGUCUUCUUGUGUCAUAACACUGAUGUGGUAUGAACCAAAAAUAGUUAUAUAAAUUAUUCUAUAAUAUAAUAUAUAUUAUUAUACCAUAUAUACACACUAUAAUUAUAGAAAAUAACAGGUGAUAUUAUGAUGCAAAACGUAGUAAUACAUUUUGACCAGAAGAUGGAGUGAUUAAUUUAGCCUACAACAAGCACACGAAUCCUGAGCCAGUAUACUUACAGUACUUAAAUACUAUGCUAAAUAUAAUUGCUUGAAGUUGAUAAAGUCAUUAUACCUACUCCAUCACUAUACACUUUACCAGAGAACAAAUGGCUUAGAUUUCUUAAUUAGAUUUCUAUAUCCAAACUUUGUUUUACUUUAUUAUUUAAAUAAUUUUGUUUACACUUUAUUAUACUAUGUGGAUGCAAAGUUUGAAGCACGUAUAGAGUAUAGAAGUAUAGAAUGCCUUUGUAUGCUGUACCAUUAAGAAUUCCACUUUACUAGAACUAAGGGGCCCAAACAUGUUCCAGUAUGACAGUGCCCCUGUGCACAAACCAAGGUCCAUGAAGACAUGGUUUGCCAAGGCUGGUGUGGAAGACCUUGAGUGGCCAGCACAGAGCCCUGAUCUCAACCCCACUGAACACCAUUGGGAUGAAUAAGAAUGCUGACUGCACCCCAGGCCUCCUUGCCCAACAUCAGUGCUCUUGUGGCUGAAUGAACACAAAUCCCCACAGUCAUGUUCCACGAUCAUGUGGAAAGCCUAUUCAGAACAGUGGAGGCUAUUAUGAAAGCAAAAGGGAGAAUAAAUCUGUAAUGUGAUGUUCAAAAUGCACAAAUGAGUGUAAUUGUUCAGGUGUCCACAUACUUUGGGCAAUAAAGUGUAAGUGGCAUAGACAUAAUUAAAUUAUCUCAGUUCUCAAAUAAUGUCUUAUUGUCCAAUUAAUUAUUAUUUUUAAAAAUUUUAGAUAAAAAAAAUAAAUAAAUAAAAAAUCAGGCUAUAUCAGUACAUGCAUACAUGAUUCCAUAAUAAAAGUCAUACAGUUUUUAGUAAAAAUGUCAACCAAUAAAUAAUCAAGCAAGUCAGGUACCUAAAUGAGUAUAAAAAUAAGUGUGA